CAUCAUCACAGCACAUCGCAUCGCAUUCAUCCACCGCAUAGCAUUGUCUAAUUCAUCUUGUUCACAUCCAUUCUUACUACAUUUUCCCUACUAAAACCACUCAUCAUGGCUAUGGUAUCCAACGGCAACGAAUACGACUUCAUCGUCGUCGGCGGUGGCACUGCUGGUAACGCAGUCGCCGGUCGUCUCGCUGAGAACCCCGACGUUCGCAUCCUCGUCGUCGAAGCCGGUAUUCCCAACCCCGACCAGAUUGAUGAAAUCACCACCCCCUCCAAGGCUUUCAACCUCCGUGGCAGCAAAUACGACUGGGCAUACAAGACCACCAUGAUCAAGCGUGACGACUACGAACGUGUCGAAAAGCCCAACACCCGUGGAAAGGCCCUCGGUGGUAGCUCCUGCGCCAACUACUUCACCUGGAUCCCCGGAUCCAAGCCCACCUUCGAUGACUGGGAGGCCUUUGGUGGACAGGACUGGACCUGGGACAACUGCGUCGACUACCUCCGCAAAUGCGCCACCUACCACGACGACGAGAAGCUCUACCCCGCCGAUCUGAACAAGAUCGGCACCGGCGGCCCCGUCCAGAUCGCCCACGCCGACCUAGUCCCGGAAAUGCAGCCCUUCCGUGACGCCCUCACCCAAGCGUGGGUCUCCAAGGGCGAAAAGCUAACCGAAGACAUCUACUCCGGUGAAAUGCGUGGUCUUACCCACUGCGUCGACACCAUCUACAACGGCCAACGCCAGGGCAGCUUCCUCUACCUCAAGGACAAGCCCAACGUCACCAUCCUCUACGGCGUCCACUCCAAGCAACUCAUCAUCGACCCCGUCACCCGCAUCUGCUCCGGUGUAACCGUCAUCAGCGAGGCCUACAACACCGAAAUCAGUGUCUACGCCAGCCGCGAAGUCAUCCUCUCCCAGGGCGUCUUCGAAACCCCCAAACUCCUCAUGCUCAGCGGCAUCGGCCCAGCCGCUGAACUCGCCAAACACAAUAUCCAACCCAUCAUCGACUCCCCUCACGUCGGCCAACAUCUCCUCGACCACCCCAUCGUCCCCUUCGUCCUCCGCAUCAAAGACGGUUACGGCAUGGAAGACCACAUCCUCCGCCCCGGCCCCAUCAACUCCGCCGCCAUCGCCCAAUACAAGAAAGACAAGACUGGUCCCAUCAGCUCCGGCCUCCUCGAACUCGUCGGCUUCCCCCGUAUUGACCAACGCCUGGAACAAUACCCCGCCUACCGCGAAGCCAAAGCCGCCAACGGCGGCCUCGACCCCUUCGGCCCCGCCGGCCAACCUCACUUCGAACUCGACUUCGUGGGAAUGUUCAGCACCGCUUUCCAAUGGCACUACCCUAUCCCAGAAGAAGGAAACCACAUCACUGUGAUCGUGGAUCUCCUCCGCCCUCUCUCCGAAGGCGAAGUCACCCUCAACAGCGCCAAUCCCCUGAUCCAACCCAACAUCAACCUGAACUUCUUCGGCAACGACCUCGACAUUCUCGCCAUGCGCGAAGGUGUCCGCUGGACCUACGACGUGUUGACCGACGGUGCCGGUUUCAAGGAUAUCGUUCUGGGCGAAUACCCCUGGAAGAUGCCUCUUAACUCGGACGAGGAAAUGAAGCGUGCGGUUUUGGAUCGUAGUCAGACUGGAUUCCACCCCUGCGGCACAGCCCGUCUCUCCAAAAGCAUCCACCAGGGAGUCGUCGACUCAAAGCUGCGCGUUCACGGCAUCCGCAACCUCCGUAUUGCAGACGCUUCCAUCAUCCCUGUUAUCCCCGAUUGUCGGAUUCAGAACUCGGUUUAUAUGAUUGGCGAGAAGGGCGCGGAUAUCAUCAAGGCGGAUCACAAGGAUAUUUAUGAGGCGAAGAAUGUUCCUUAUUUUGUUGCUAGUCGGUUGUAAAUUGUAUUAGAUUGUAUGCGAUUAAGUUGUUUGAUGUAAUGGAUGAAAAUUGCAG